AUGUUCAAAGAGAAUACGAUGAUCACCGAUGUGAAUCUGUCCGAAAACCAGCUCACUUCUAAGUGCGCCGAGAACUUAUGCGACGUUCUAGCCUCGAGUACUCAGCUAGAGCGCAUUGAUGUGCAUGGGAACCGCUUCGAUGAUAAGGCUGGUACAUAUUUCGCUGAUCUUAUGGCGGUUUUUGAAGAGGAAGAGGAUUGGCAUGUUGCUGCAAGACACAAUGUAGUGAAGUUUAGGACCGCUUACAACUGGAUUAAUGCCAAGGAACUGCAGUACGAACGUCAACCGAAAGACGGAGGAAGAACAAAGACUUUAAACGAUGCGGAGAUGGACGAAGACAUCAUUGUUAAUCAGGAUUUUCGCGAGCUUCAAGAUUCGGCACGAGUAAAAUUGCCCAAUCUGGUAGUUCGCAGUGGUAAAACAACAACUGAACGUACCCGAGCGCUCUCACCCAAAUUCCGAUUACCAAAUCGAUCACCGAGAGAAGUUUUACAAAUCAUGGGAAAAAUUACUGGCAUCAAGUUGGCUGACAUGCUCAAGCCAUACGAUACAGUAGGUGACAAAGUUGUCACUAGGCAGGUAUUCAAUAAAGUUCUUCCAAAAGUGGGCAUUGAUCUGACGGAAGAACAGUUGAAAGUGCUCAUGUUGGAACUUGAUCCGAACAACGAAGAAGAAAUCGCCUUUAAUCCAUUCGAGAUCGAGGAACGCAUCGAACGGUUCGAGCUGUGGUGCAGCAUCCGCAAAGAUGGUACACAGAAUCAGUCAGCCCUAUUUCUUACUGCUGGCGGCCUUGACCUCUACUGCAUGUUGAGGAACUCGGCGUUCCCUGAGGCUUCAGCUAAACUACCAAACGAGUCAUCCGUGGACUCGAUGACGUGUUAG